GCCAUACCACAUUAGCACAGAGAUACAAUUGUCAAUUCAAAUCCCAUAGUGGUAGACGUAGCAAAUUAUAAGCAGUAAUCAGAAAGGUUAGGGUUUGAAGAUGAUAUUCAAAGGGUGUAAUCCAGUGAAAUAAAUUAGGAAGCAGAAAAAGGGACAUGAAAAAUUCAGGAGAUUAGAAUUUAGGCGAACACAAAGAGUGGAAAAAUGAUUGGAUAAAAUACUGAUCAGUUGCCAAAGUGGAUCAAUAAAAUGUAUCUGAUUGAUGACUGCUCUCGAUCCCAAAUUAUUGAUCCAAACUGCCAAAUGAACUGACAUCAGAAGACAAGGCAGCUACAUAAAAAUAGGCUUAUUAUUUAACAUAGUAACAUGCUUACAUACAAAUUACUAGCAAAAAAAAUAUUAUUUAAUAUCACAGUUGCAGAAUAUAAAAACUUUUAUUCGUUCAAUAAAUUAAGACUUGACCGUUAGUCACUGUUGACAUAAUUUGUGAAUUUCUAGGUAAAUGUGAAACAUGAACUCUUUCGAUAAUCCUGGGGAAGGUGAUCAAAACAAUCCUCGACAGGCUGAAAUCGAGCAGAAAAAACUCGAUAUUGCAUGUUACAAACAUAGCUUGGAGCUAAAUCGUAUUGCUCUUAGCAAGACCAUUUGGGAUAUACGUAAUUAUUGUUUCACUAACGCUCAAAAUGACCCCUUGCUCUGUCCCCCAAGAGACAAUCCAUAUAAAUCCCAACGAUCAUGUACAGUUAUUUAGGUUUUUUACAGUUACUUUCUUUUUAUAUAUAUAUUUGCUUCCUUGAUUAUAACCUACUUAAAAUGCUUUUAAUUAUUUCACGCUAUGGAAAUAGUGAUUUCACUAACUUAUUUGCGAACAUCUGAUUGGUACUGAUAUUGUUGUUGAAGCCAAUGUCUAUGGAAAAACGUCAAAAUAUAACUAUAUUGCAUAA